AUGGCUGCCGCGGAACAAUGGCCAGCCAAGCUUAGUAUGACCCUGGUGGUCUUGCUGGCGGUGGGCGGCUUGAUCGUCGUCGUCGUGGAGCUGAAGGUCGAGUUCCCCACCAGCUUCAGUCUGCCAGUGUACGAGGCGUACGCGCAGCACUCGCCGAGCUCCGAGCGCUGCCACACGCUGUCCCUCGGUGCCAGGCCGCUCGGACUCGACGAGACGUACCGAGUCCCGCCGAAGAGCGACGAGGUGAAGAGCGCUGGCAUCUUGCCUCGACUAUUGGAGAGUCCGGAGCUGGCAAGCAGGCGGAUCCCAUUCCAGCGUCUCAAGUUCAAGGCGACGCUCUCGAGUGGCGCGCACGGGAAAGUGUGGCUCCGACUGUACAGGGGCCACCAAGUCGCCGUCAAGCAGCUUCUGAGGACCAACGAGCACUCGCGCAAGGACGUGCAGGACUUUGCAGACGAGAUCCUGCUGACCGCGAGCUUGACGCACCCUCACAUCGUUGCGUUCGUUGGCGUGGCAGGCAGCAACGUCGACACCCUGGCCUUGGUGCUGGAGUUCUGCCCCAUGGGAGACUUGAGGCGCUUCCUCCGAGAGAGCGGGCGGCUGCUGUCCUGGAAUCGCGACAAGAUCCGCAUGGCGGUCGGCGUGGCCAAAGCUUUGCGCUACCUCCACGACCAGGAGCCGCCGAUCAUCCACCGAGACCUCAAGUCCAUGAACGUUCUACCAACCGAGACGCUGGAGACUAAAGUCGGCGACUUUGGCGUCAGUCGCGCCUGUAGCGAAGGUUUCACCACGACGGCCGGGGUGGGGACGCCCUACUGGAUCGCGCCCGAAAGUUUGCAGGGCAAACGGUACUCGGAGCAGGCGGACAUCUACUCGUUCGGGGUGGUGCUGUCGGAGCUGGACACGUGCCGGACGCCGUUCACCGACGGCGUUACGGCGGAGGGCAAGAAGCCCAAGCCGGCCCAGAUCCUGCGCUGGGUGCUGGACGGCAAACUCAGCCCGGCCUUUUCGCAGGACUGUCCUCGGUGGAUCCGCUCGGUCGGUCUGCAGCACGACCCGGACAUGCGCCCCACGGCGACCGAGCUCACGCAGAUGCUGUCGGUGGAUGCACGUCAGCGAAUCUAUACUCUAUAG